CCAUUUUCAAACCUUGCCACCACAAAGUCUGUUUUCAAGCUGGGAAGAAGGUAAAGUUUGUGCCAGGUCAGUGGCUUGGAAAGGAUAUAAUUUCAAAAUGCUGAGCUCCAGAGCAUUUCUGUUGCAGGUGUGUUUGAGUCUGGUGGUUUCUACUGGCUCCUGUACCUGUAAACCUCUCAAUAAUGACAUCCAAAACGAUGACCUUGAUGGAUUCUACUCCCAGAUGUCAGAGGAGGACCUUCUGGAGGAGGAAGAUACAGACUCGAGGAUGGAGAACCUCCUGGGAACCAUAAAGGAAGGCUUUUUGAGGAAACUCAACCUGUCAGAUGUUCCUCAGGAACACAGCAAGAUCUACCCUCCUCAGUUCAUGAUGGAGCUCUACAACAAGUACGCCUCGGACAGCUCGGCAAUCCCUCAGUCUGAUGUCAUACGAAGUUUCACUGUCCAAGAUAUCGCUCUCUUACUGACAAAUGGCACAAAGUCAAAACACAGUCUGCAGUUCAACUUCAGCAUCCCCAACCAUGAAAAGAUCACCACGGCUGAACUGCAGCUCUUCUUCUUCCCAGAUGUCAGGUCAAGCCUGACCUCCCACAGUUUCAAGGCCACAGUCAAAGUUUAUGAAGUGGAUCACAAUGAUUUGACAUCCACAACCCAACUACUGAUUGGCAAAGAGGUGACAGGCUCUCAGAGUAUGUGGACGACAUUUGAUGUGACCACGGCUAUUCAGAGCUGGAUCAAGUCAGGAAAUGGAGCAACUGUUUUUGAUGUAGUGGUGGACAAGAAGGACUGUGGGGCUUCUGAUAGCGGAGAGGAAAGAGCAGGCUGUUUAAAUUUGAGCGUGUCUGUUGGAGAUAACACUUCUGCAGCUUUAAUAGUCUUCUCAAACGACGUGGGAGGCAGGAGGAGGGAGACAAAGAAGGAGUUAAGAGAGAUGAUCCUCCAUGAAGAAGAAACCAUCUUACACUCGGGUGCCGACUGGAACAGAGGAGUGCAACUUCCAAAUGAAAUCCCAGAAUCUCAGCAUCCACGGAGGAACAAAAGAAAGGCAGAGAGGGAAUACUGCCGGCGGACCUCACUCAAGGUCAACUUUAAAGACAUCGGCUGGGACAGCUGGAUUGUGGCGCCUCCAGAAUAUGACGCCUUCGAAUGUCGAGGCAUGUGUUACCACCCGCUCACAGAUGAAUCCACCCCGUCCAAACACGCCCUCAUCCAGACACUAAUCAACAUCAGGGACCCCAAGAAGGCCAACAUGGCAUGCUGCGUCCCCAUCAAAUUGGACCCCAUCACAGUCAUGUAUCGGGAGAACGGACGUCUGACUAUAAGAUACCUGUAUGAGGAGAUGAAGGUGGCAGAGUGUGGCUGCAGGUAGUUGAAGAUGGUCAGUUUGCUUUGGUGGUAGCACAGAUGAUUCUAAUGGUUCUAAUGCUACAUUUUAUUCAAGUCAAUCUGAUGUUCACAGGUGAUAAGUUGUACAACAAAAAAAUAGAAUGAAGGUGCUUUGUUGAAAUUAAAUAUAUGGUACAUAUAUUUUAAACUGUAGCCAUGAAAUAACGCUAAGUAGCAUUUACAGUUUAUGCUAUUCCAAAACUCCAAAAUAGUGAAAGAACUUAAAUGCAGCAUAACAGAAGAACCACCAAGAGGUCAAUUAUACCUCUUUUUCUGUUUUCCAGUGUCUAUGCCUGUGCCGAAAUCCUAUUUAGAACCAGAAAACCUAAAGGAAACAUUGACCAGUUGACAUUUAAUAGCAUGGCAUUUAAUCACAGCUAUUCAUCUGCUAAUGUGCUAGACAUAAUGUAAAUCUGUACAUUACUAUUUCUAGUGUCAUUUGUUUAUGUUAAUAUAUAUUUUGUUGCAGUUUGCAAAUUACUGCCACACAGAUUUGUACAGAAGGCUCAGCUUAUACAAUGGUCAGCUUAGUUUAUGCAUGCUACAUUGCUGCUGUUGCUUCUAUCAUCAGCCUAGAAAGCUCUAUAUUGCUAUGCAGGGCAGCUGUAGAAAACGACUACACAUGACAUGACUGCAAGGUCUGUAUUAAUCUAUACAAGGCUGACAUUUUUUAAUGAAAGUUAUUCCAAAUUUGGUGGAAACAGUUUAACCAUACAUUUUCACUACAUUUGCCAAAUCUAUAAUAUAAUCUGCCUGUUUGUAAGAGCUGCUGAUGCUAAAAUAGCUCAAUCCAUUUAACUUAAAGUGGAAAGUUUUUACUGUACUUUAUGUCUCACGAUGUCUACAUUUUGGUUUUGAGGCU